AUGCCGCAGUUUUUGGAUGGCACUGGCAUUGAUGGAAAGCACUCCUCAGAAGGCUUUACAACCCAUCAUGCUCUGCGGCAGGCCCAGCUUUCCAAGGAACUGAUAGAGCUGAACAAAGUGUUGAGCUUGAAGGAAGCCUUUGUGCGGAACAUGUGCCAGAAUGACACCCAGCUCGAGCCGAUGCAGUUAGAGCACCAGAAAAAUUUUCAUAGUCUGCAGACUUCGGUGGAUUCUCUGCAGAAGGAGAAAGAGGAUCUCAUUCUUGCACUGCAGUCUGCAAAGAAAGACACCAACCAGGCUAAGCUCAGCGAGCAGCGCCGGAAGAGACUGCAGGAGCUCGAGAACCAGCUGGUGGACAUGAAGAAAAAACUUCUGGAUCAGUCCAAAAUGCUCAAACUCAAGGAGACCUCCGUGAAGAAAGUCGGCAAUCUCAUGCAUGAGAUACAGGCGAUGAAGAACCAGCGUGCGCAGCUGAUGAGGCAGAUGAGGGAGGACUCUGAGAAGUUCAGACAAUGGAAGAGCAUGAAGGAUAAGGAGGUGCUGCAGCUAAAGGAGAAGGAUCGCAAACGGCAGUACGAGUUGCUUAAACUUGAGAGGGAUUUUCAGAAACAGGCCAGUGUUCUGCGUCGUAAAACUGAGGAGGCUGCGGCAGCAAACAAGCGGCUGAAAGAUGCCCUGCUGAAGAGAAGUGAGGUAGCAGACAAACGCCACAGAGGAAUAGAGGGAGCUGCUACACGAGUUAAGAAUUGGCUUCUCAAUGAAGUGGAGGUGAUGGUCAGCACAGAGGAGGCCCGGCGCCACCUCAACGACCUGCUGGAUGACAGGAAGGUGUUGGCCCAGGAGAUCAACCACCUGAAACAGCAGAUGGAGACAGGGGACCGGCCUGCUGCCAAAAUCAGGUCGCCCGGCGGAAAGUCGCCGGAGUUUGGGGAUUGGCUUUCGGUUGAAGCUGCUUGGGGACUCCGAGCGCUGUCUGAAGCUUCCGCCGGGCCGCCGCCGUAUGGGUUGACUGGCGCGCUUUUGAGAGGGAUGGGAUAUGAGGAGGUGUGGCGUUCUGCGGAUUUACUCGGAGGCUUCAGUAGAAGCUGCUGGGAGUCCCAGCGCCCAGCACCUUUCCUACCGGACCGAGUCCCCGAUCGCUCCGGCCGGACUUCCGGCGGGCUUUUGGUGGCGAGUUCGCGGAGGAGGGAGGAGUUUCGGUUUUGGAAGACCGUCAACCACACCCUUUCGGCGACUUACUACAGUGUGAGUAGUAGGAGGUUCACCGUCGUCAGUAAAGAGAUCGUGAAAGGAAGCAUCGUCAGUGGCUCAACGACGUUCUGUCGCACUCAAAUCUAA